GUGAGGCAAUCAAACUGAUGUUAGAUGGGGCGGCGGAGUUGAAGGACAGUUGUGCGUGUCAUUUUCAGAUGACACAUGGGCUCAAGUGUGCUUGCCAGGUUGUUCAAGAUAAGGAAGAAGGAAGUCAAUUCUAUGCUCAAGGGUUGCAUGUAUUUUGGCGGACUUUGGAUUAUAAAAACCCCCCACGUCAACAACAAGUCAAUGAUGAAAUUGAGCUUCAACGAGAACACUUUAGGCGUCUUACUGUUGAGGUGGAAGAAAGAGGUCCUGAAGCAGUGAGACAAGCAAGAGAUGCCAUAUUCUAUGGGCUUCACCCAGCAGAGGACAAUGUGAGGGAACCGGAAGUGAAUGAGAAUCCUAGAGGACGGCCUCGAACAAGCACCAGUCGCAUUCGUUCAUAUUAUGAGUGGUCUCAUUCGAGGAGUACUAGGCCUGGUUUGAGUGGAGGCAGGGGGCGAACGAGUGGAGGCAGAUCCCGAUCGAGUGGAGGCAGGGGGCGAUCGAGUGGAGGUGAAUCCGACGAGCAUGAUACAGACUGAAGUUGAUAUUGGGGUGGAGAGUAAAGAAGCUUGAUUGACAAGGAGGAAGAAGCUUUCAAUUAAUCAUGUUGUUAUGGAUAAUUUGUGAUUUGCUUCAAUUUUCUUGAGUUUUCUAUAUUGGUGUUGAACAAUUUGUAUGGUUAAUUUGUGAUUUGCUUGAAUUUUCUAGAAUGGUGUUUUAUAUAUGGAUAAUUUGUAUUGAGAGAUUGAUAUUUGACUUUUAUUUUGAUAGGAACUUGUUAUUGUAAAAUUUUUAUGACAAAAAUCUUUUUUUUACCGGGACAAAAACUCAUGUGUACCCAUGAAUCCGCGGAUAUCCAGCGGUUGGGUUGGGUUGGGUUUGAGUUUUCCAGACCCAAUGGAUUUUCCCCUAGGGUUUUUUUCACGAAUAAAUCUAUGAAUUUGGGUUUGGCAAAACCCGACCCAACCCGACUCAUUGUCAUCCCUACCUAUGACC